GGCUCCCCCGCCUCCUCCCACGGCUCCCCCGCCUCCUCCCACGGCUCCCCAUGCGCCUCCCGGGUCUCCCGCAGCGCCGAAGCUACGCCAGCAACCGCCUCGCGAAGCCGACGAAGUUCACGCCGCCGUCGCACCCCUCGCGGCGCCCUCUCAAAGACCCUGUGCACUACCCGGGGCCCCCCUUACCCACCUCCGCCACCCCCAAGUUCUACCCCGAGACCCUGCCACCACCCAACACGCUCUCGCACCGCCUGCUGACCUCACGGCGGCUGCACUUCUACCUCUCGCUCGGCAUCCUGUCCCUCCUCGCCGGCAGCGUGACACUCAGCAAUUUCGUGCGCACGUCGCCGCACGCGCGCGAGAUCGAGUGGAGCUGGAGUGCGCCCGGCCAGGGCGUGCGGCAGCUGGUGGGGGCGUGGAGGACGAGUGUCGAUGAGGAGACGAGGAGGGUUAGUGAGAAGAGGCGUAGGGCCCUGGAGGAUGUAGAGAAGAGAGGCGAGUAUAGGAAACAUCAUGGGCUUGAGGAGACGGGUGAUCAGGGCGGGUUUGGAGGGUUUGGGUUGAAGAAGAAGGCCGCGACGCCGGAAUUGGCUGAGUUGGAGGGGUUGGAGGGGGCAGGGGGACAGGGAAAGGAGCAGUGGGUUGAGGAAGAGCUUGCUAAGUUGGAGAGGGAGGCUGUGGGCGUGGUAUUGCCGGUUAGGGAGGAGAAGAAGAAGGGUGGGUGGUGGUAGCGGGG